AUGUAUGACAGAGUCCACGGCACUUUCAGUAAUAGCUCCGUUACCAUUCACCAAUACCGAUACCCGUACGAGUCCUAUAAGGCCGAGGUGAGGUGCCAUGAAAAAUCGAUCCAUGAAUACUCGGCAGAAAUCAUGAAAACCAUGAAGGCUGCCUUGGAGGAGGCAAGACCCAACGUCAAGCUUUACAGCAAUCAGCCGUACAUCAACUCUACUGUUCGCUCUAAGUUGGUUGACUAUCUCUUGAAGAUGCUGGUGCGGUUGAAAAUCUUGCCCUUUGUUUUCUACAAAGCUGUGCGCUACUUUGAUCGCUACUGUCUGAAACGUAUCGUGUUGUUAGACCAGGUCCAGCUCAUCAUCACCACCUGCUUGUGGAUUGCCGCAAAGGUGACUGGAGGAAAUAAUCACUUUAUUAACUUAAGCUCUGACAGAAGAAGCGAAGAAGUACACACGAUUCUGGAUUUGGGCUACGGAGGAGGCGCUCGCUUCUGUGGUCCAACUGAGCGUUACCGCAUGCCUAAACUUAGCGAAUUGAUCAAAUUGUGCGGUUCUCGGUGCAAUUAUGAUGCAGAAAUGUUCAAGCAAAUGGAAAUACACAUCAUGAACGCCUUGGAAUGGAAGUUGAAUGACCCUUCUGUUGACGAGUAUAUGGUGUAUUCACAGGAGCUCAAAAUCACCAAAGAUGAGGAUGUGGAAUCUAAACUUGGUGAAUAUUUUAAAAUCAAGCAGUUUGCUGCUUACGCGGCAUGUUAUCUGUAUGAUUUGGUUGGAUACAACCUGUUGGAAUUGUCCAAGGUGAUUGUGGACUUGGUGAACGACACAUUUUCUUUGAACGAGGCAGAUUUCAACUACCAAACAUUAAACCAUUCUAUUAUUGUUGACGAGUCAGUGGUGGAUGCCAAACAUUAUCGUGAAAUCCACAAACAUUUGGUCCGUAGCAUUGUAAAGGCGCCAUCGUACCUUUUACAAUGCUUUGAAUCCCGCGGUCCACAGCUGUUCUAUUCUCUCAUCACUACCAGCUUUAGACAAGCUGCUACUUUAGCACUCGAAGUUCCCCUCUCUAAUGUUUCCAUUUCCCUGACUUUGUCGCCUUCAUCAGUAUUUUCUGAAGCAGCCACAAGCUACACUUACGCAUCCCCAACCUCUUCAGUCAACAGUGGUGGCGACUAUAAUUACAAAGCAGCUUCAGAGAUACGUUUCGGAGAUGGAUAUUCUAUUAUUAGCCGCAAACCAGGAGUCAGCGGUAGAUCUCCCGUGAUAGAUCCUGCUCACUCCAACAGUCAUCAAUACCCUUCAUUGUGUCCUCCGGGCCCAUACUCUCGCUCCAACGGGAGCCAGGUUAGCAUUCGCUCCUCUGCAUCCUCAAAAGAACAUGACAUUUUUGACUACGACCCUUCUAGAUGCAAUUCGACUCCAAUGAGCGGACACGAAGAGGUCAAGUCCAUAUGCGACCCAAAACUAAAACGCCACGCCGUCUAG